GACAGUUGAUGGAAGCACAUUUAACGGCAGUGUUAUGGCGACGCACGGAGGCAGUUUUGAAAGUGUUAACAGCAUCGAAGUCCGAAAAGAAUACAAACGUAAAGCCAGGGAGGAGGUUAUUCAGAAGGCUAAGCAUCAGUAUGAGAAGGAGGAGAAAAGGAAGGAGCUGAAGAGACAGCGAGGAGAGGACACCUGGAUGCUCCCUGAAGUUGACCUCCGACUGCAGCAGCUAGAACAGGAGGUUUUAGGCAAAAAGAAGAAAGAGAAAAAGGCCAAGAAGAUUAAGAAGAAGAGGAAGAAGGAGAAGAAGGAGAAGAAGAGAGCUGAAGGAGGAGAUGGGUCCAGCUCAGAGGGGACAGGAAAUGAGUGGGUUGAGGCCCAGCCCCAGACAGAGGCCUCGGGUAAAGCCUGGAAGAUUCCUACCAAGUCCGAGGCCAAGCCCACAGACAACAGCCCUACCCAACCCGAGAACAACCAGAGAGAUGAGUGGAUGACCUUUGACUUCUUGACAAUGAGAACAACGUCAACAGCAGAGAAGAGGGCUGAGAAAGAAAGGCUGAAAGGGGAAGAGAAACAGAAGGCCUGGGUCAUCGAGCAGGCUGGUCUGCACAAGCUGGAGUUGAACCCAUUCUGGAAGGACGGGGGGAGUGGUCUGCCCCCAGAAGAGAAGGCCAGUAAUGUGCUUGUAAAAGCUGCAACUGUAGAUGAUGGAGGACUAGGUUGGCUCAGGAAGUCUUACCAGAGGAUGAGAGAGCAGGCAGAGCGAGAGCAACGCAGUCUGGAGGUCAUAGUGGCAGAGCGAUAUGGGUCCAUGGAGAAGUUUCAGAAGAGGAUGUAUGAGGCUGAGAUUGCUGUGUAUGGCUACAAGAGAGGAGAGGGGGAAGGGAGAGGAGAGGAAGAGGGGAGAGACCGACAAAGAUGGAGGAGAGGACAGGAAGAUGGAAUGUGGAGGAAAGGAGAAGUGGGGAUGGAUAGAGAGAGGUGGAGGAGACCAGACAAGGGUAGGGACUUACCUGGAGAGAAAGAGAGGGAUGGAGAAAGAGAUAGUGAAAGAGAUGGAGAGAGGGAAAGAGCUCGUCACCGAGACAGAGAUCGGGAUAGGAACAGAGCUAGAGAUGGAAACAGCGAGCGGGAUGGCGGUUGGGAUAGAGAGAGGGAUGGAGGCAGACCUAGUGACCAGGAAAGAGAGAGGGCUGGAGGCAGAGAGAGGGAUGGAGGUAGACCGAGUGACAGGGAUAGAGAGAGGGAUGGAGGCAGAGAGAGGGACAGACCCAGCGAGAGGGGUGGGGAUGAGAGCCUUGGCUCUGGGCUUGGCCAGAUUCAGCCUCCCCUGUCCCUCGGAGCUCUGAAAAGUCGCUUCCUCAAGCCUGCUGAUGAUGAUGGAGUGUCAUCACCUGCUCCGGCCCGAGCUUCCAUGGGUUUCCUGAAACCUGGGUCUGACAUUGAGGAGUUGGGUCGGAAGAGCAGCUGUCCGGCCUGGAGCAAGAGCAGCUCCGGACAGAGAUCUGCUUCAGGAAAAUCGGAGCAGGAUAAAGAGAGGGAGUCUGGGAAAACCAUGUCCACUCCUGACCAGGGUCAUAGCAGCAACAGGCUUGCAGUGACAUCAUCCAGAUCUGACAGCAGUAGUGACAGUUUGAGUGAGGAGGAGGAAGAGGUACCGAUCCUCACAGAUGAAGAGAUGAACAAAUUGGGGGCCAGGCUGGUGAAGGCAGAGAUUAUGGGUAACACGGCUCUGAUGGAGAAACUGAAGACCCAGCUAGAAUCAGCCCGUAAUGCCAAGGAGAAUCGUGCCGCACAGCAACCUGGGAAAUCGGACAGGGCUCCAGGUCAAACAGAGGAGGACCAGGAAGUACUUCUCUUCAGAACAGACCAAUCGGGUCGCGCCUGGCCGGUCAAUGCCUCUUCGGAACCCCAGGAGCCCGGAGGAAGACGUAGGAAAAAGAAGGGGAUUGAGACCCACAGGGAUGGGGAGCGUAUAAGAUACUUCCAGGAUGAUGACAGUGUGGGUCUUCAUGAGAUGGUCCGCAGGGAGAAGAUGAGCUCUGCAGAGGACCAGAACUCCCUCUACGCACGCAUGGCUGGCAAGAUGAUGGGGAAGACAGACGAUGACAACUACACCCUGGAUGACAUGUUUGUUUCCAGCGUGGCUCAGAGAGAGGGCGAGGGGCGGGAUGAGGAGAGGAUGAGGAGCAGAGCCAUAGCGGAGCACAGGCGACUGGCCGUUACCAUGGAGAAAUGCCAUCACUGCUUCAGCAACCCCGAGCUCCAGAAACACCUGCUCAUCGCCAUAGGAACCAAGGUGUAUCUGAGCCUGCCUGGGGGUGUGUCUCUGACAGAGGGUCACUGUCUGAUCACUCCACUGCAACACCACUGCUCUGCCACUGGAUUGGAUGAGGACGUGUGGGCCGAGAUCCAGGUGUUCCGCAGGGCGCUGGUGCAGAUGUUUGAGUCUCAGGAUCAGGACUGUGUGUUUAUGGAGACUCACAUGAACCCAAAGAGACGCCAGCACAUGGUCCUGGAGUGUAUCCCUCUACCCAGAGAACUGGGAGACAUGGCUCCUAUCUACUUUAAGAAAGCCAUCAUGGAAUGUGAUGAGGAGUGGGCAAUGAAUAAGAAGGUAGUGGAUCUCUCCUCCAAAGACAUCCGCCACGCUGUGCCGCGGGGUCUGCCAUAUUUCUCAGUAGACUUUGGUCUUCAGGGGGGCUUUGCUCACGUCAUUGAAAACGAACACAAGUUCCCCCACUACUUUGGCAAGGAGAUUGUUGGGGGGAUGUUGGACGUGGAGCCCAGGAUAUGGAGGAAGUCCAUCAGAGAGAACUUUGACGACCAGCGGAAGAAAGUCCUUGAGUUCUCCCAGUGGUGGAAACCCUUCGACUGCACCAAGACGGACAGCUGAACCAACCAACCAACACAUCUCAAUAAACCCUUAGCCCCUGAAAAUAUACAGUAGAUGUAACUGCAAGCCAUAUGGCGUUAGCCCCCUUCUGCGUUAGUCAUAGUCUCAGAAGACAAGGGGCUGUCUGCUUUAUAAUCCUCUGAUCCUGUCAACACAUUGUUUUACUCUGAGAUUAUUCUGAUUAAAUACGGGCAGAAGGCCAUAAAAUAACUAUUUUAAAAGCUGAUGUACAACUGUUGUGUAUGUUGGGAUACGUUGUUUUACUAUCUUAAAAAUAAAUGAAUAUGAUGCUUUC